AUGGACGGCAGCACCGCGACCUCGGCCCCGGACUCGCCGCUGCUCAAGAGGAGACCGCAGCUUGCGCCGUCCACGCCGUACCUGCUGUCCAACAAAUAUGCACUGCGCCGAGCUCCAAAUACGGCCCCGAAACCAGACACGGUCGUCCAGCGCAUCCUCAACGUCAAAGAACAAAGAAUUAAGCAGCUGGAGAACGAGGUGGGAAAUCUGCGGAGACAACUGCAUGACCUGACCAGUGAGAACCGCACCCUGAAGGCGCAAAACCAGCGCAACUCGGCGGCCCUCAGCAGGUUUCAAGACGUGGAGGCCGAAUUGCCGACGCUCCUGGCCGGACACACCGAAGAAGUGCGAGUUUUGCGCCAACGUUGCCAAAAGUUGGCCAUCGAGAGUCGGGAGCAGUCCCGAGAGCUGAGGACGAAAACGGUCGCCCUUCACAUGGCCAGAGACCAGUUGACCAGACUGAGAGAGGUGGUCGAGGAAAAGGGGCUGAAGGAGCGGCAACUGCUGCAAAAGCAGUUGGACGACUCAGAGGGACGCGUCCGGGAACUGGAGGAACAGUUGGGGACCAUCAGCAGACAACUGAGUUUGGAGCAAAAAAGCAACCGGUACCACCUGGCCAGGGAGCAGCGCAAGACAAAGGAGGCCCUGGAGGAGCUGAAGAAAACAGAGGCCAAAGUGGAACAGCUCGAAGGUAACGCCCGGCGGAAGGAGCGGACACUCCCAGCGUCCCUGCUCUUUGGCCGGAGAAAACAGGAGCCGUUGAAAAAGCAGGAGACUGAAUCCGUUGUCAGCCACUACAGUGACCUCAACCUGUCCUCGAGCGACGAGGAGGAACUGACCAAGUUGUACCAGCCGGCGGCCGAACCGCCGGAAGUGAAGCGUAUUUCCUUGCAGACGCAUUGGGCGGUCGACUCGAGGACCUUCAGCGUGCGGCAAAACGAGGCGUCUCAGUUGUCCAGGCCCAAACUGGAAGUGGUGGGAAAAGUACAGCCAGUGAAAAAACAAGUGCUGUCUGAAGUGCAAGAAGAGGAACGGGUCAGCGAGGACUCGGAGGUCGACUCAGAGGGCGACAACUACACCAAAGAGGCGUUGCUCAAGGCGCUCGAGGAAAUUGACAGACAGAACUUGACAGAAAAGAGUGACACCAUCAUCACGUCUAAUGGUCAUGCAGUGGGUGUCAGAGACUAA